UGUUCACAGACAUUUAUUCUGUUUUGGGCAGAGGUGUGUUCCUGGCUGUCCCGGGAAGGCACGGUUCGCGCUAGUUUCGCACAAAAUGCACAAAAUUCCUGGGGAAUUCUACACCCACCCACACGCUAUUACUCAAAAGAGGCUGCGGAUGUGUACAGUGUAAAUGUUUUCAGGCCCGUACGGUACGCCAGCCGGGAAGAAUCCGUGAAGAGACAGGGGCCAGGCUUUCCUCCGCUCCUCUCGGAAAUUUUCGCUUUCCCUCCCCCCUUUGGUUUCCGGAAUGUUUUCAAAAAAGCCUCAUGGAGACGUCAAGAAGUCGACACAGAAAGUGUUGGACCCGAAGAAGGACGUGUUGACGCGUCUGAAGCACCUCCGGAUCGUCAUAGAGAAUUCAGAGUCAGUUGACCUGAAGCACUUCUUUGACCAGAACUACUCCCACAUCUACUACGUGUUCUUUGAAAAUUUUGUCACAAUUGAAGCCAACCUAAAACAGAAAGGUCACAAAUCUCAAAGGGAGGAGCUUGACUCCAUUCUAUUCAUAUUUGAGAAAAUUCUCCAGCUGCUGCCUGAGCGAAUCCAGGGACUAUGGCAGUUCCACAGCAUUGGGUUGAUCCUCAAGAAACUGCUCCACACUGGCAACUCCUUAAAGAUUCGGCGGGAAGGUGUACGACUCUUCUUGCUGUGGAUGCAGGCCCUGCAGACCAGCUGCCAGCAAGAGCAGCUGUGGAUAUUUGCGUGUCUCAUCCCUGGAUUCCCGCCCCCAUCCUCAGAGCAUGGCCCCCGAACUCUUGAUGGCCUUGUCAACCCACCGCUCAGUCUCCAGGACACUCAAGUCACUCCUGAAGAGAUCAGCCCCCUUGUGCCCCCUCAAUCUGGAGACAAAGGCCAGGAAGAUCUAACUGGCUACUUCCUAGAAGCACUUUUGAAAUACAUGGUAAACCAGGCAAAAAGUCUGGAGUGGAAAUGCAAAGAGAACCAUGAGAAGGGAUUUGCCUUCUUAUUUGGAAACUUUAAGAAGUAUUACCUUCCCCACAUCUUUCCUAACUUCUCCAAUGAGACCAGUCUGUACAGUCCUAUACUGGAAAUUCCGCACAUGAGACCAAAGCCUCAUUACAUCAUAGUAAAGAGGGACCCAGAGACCAAUGAAGCCAUUUAUUGCACUAAGGAGAUGUACCUGAACGCCCGGGUGAUCUUCAUCCGCUGGCUAGUGUCCUUCUGGUUGGAACCACGAGCCACUGGUGGGACACACAUCCCUGGAAUGGACGGGGACAACGUGCCAAAGAACAUCCAGAAAGCAGCAGCAGGAUUAGCAGCACGGGAGGAGGGGUUGGCCCGGGGGUCAGAAGGCUUGGAUGGAGGAGGCGAGCCAGAGCAGUCGCACUCCAACACCAGUACACUGACAGAGAGGGAGCCCAGCUCCUCCAGUCUGUGCAGCGUGGAUGAGGAGCACCUCACAGACAUUGAGGUGCUACGCAAGGUCUUUUGCUCUUCUAGAGCCAAUGUCAAUUUCAUCACGGAGGUCUUCCGACAGGCCUUCCUGCUGCCUAUGUGUGAGGCAGCAGCCAUGCGGAAGGUGGUUCGAGUCUACCAGGAGUGGAUCUCUCAGGAGGACAAGCCUAUCUUCAUGAGGGAGCCUGAGGAGGACCGCUGCUUCCAUCCCACUGCCAACCCUGGAAACUCUGCAGAUCACGGACUGGACAAAGAGAGGGAGGAAGAGAAAGCACUGAAAACCCCCAGUAGUGGCAGGAACCCCGGCGGGGUCCGAGGUCCCUCCUGCAAGGGGCCAGAGGAGAGUGUGUGUGCAGGAGUGCAGGCAACUCUGCAGGUAUUUAUCACCAACUCCUCCAAUGUCUUCCUUCUGGAACCAGCCAAUGACAUAAAGUUCCUCCUUGAGGAGCAUGUGGACAUGUGCAAGCGGGUCCUCAACAUCUACCGCAGCCUGGUCAUGCAUGAGACAAUGGACCAGAAAACAUGGGAACAGAUCCUUCUGGUGCUCCUCCGUGUGACAGAAUGUGUGAUGAAGAAACCUCCCUCCAUCAUGCCCCAGGGAAAGAAGAACACCCUCUCUGGGAGGUUAGCGGGGGCCAUCUUUCAGACGCUAAUCGUGGCCUGGAUCAAGGGCAACCUGAAUGUGUACAUCUCACGUGAGCUGUGGGACGAGCUGCUGCAAGUGCUGUCCUCACUCACAUCCUGGGAGGAGCUGGUCACUGAGUGGUCCCUUACCAUGGAGACACUCACCAAGGUGCUCGCGCGCAACCUCUACAGCCUGGACCUAGGCGAGCUGCCUCUGGACAAGCUCAGCGAGCAGAAGCAGAAGAAGCAUAAGGGGAAAGGGGGUGUUCACGAGGGUCAGAAGCUGUCUGUGGACCGGUCUUUCUCGAAGGGCUGGAGCCGUGACCCUCCAGGGCAGGUGCUGAUGAGGCAGCGUAGUGCCACCACUGCAGGCUCACCGGGUAUUGAGAAAGCCAGGAGCAUUGUCCGCCAGAAGACAGUGGCACUGAGGAGCGUAUCCACCGGCGACAGCCUCCUGUCUUCAGCCUUUAUCCGCAGCGCCAAAAGCGCCCCUGUCCUGAUCCAUCCUCUCCACCCUCUCCUGCCUGACUCUGUCCUCACUCCCCUAGCUGAUGAGCUGUCAGACCUGGAGGACCCCCCUGUGGCGACACGCGGCCCUCGCACACGACAUUUCUCCCAGGGUGAGGACACGCCUCCCUCUGAGGUUUUCUCCGCGUCUGCUGAGGAACAGCCCCUCCCCCGCAGCAGCAGCACAUCUGACAUCAUGGAGCCCUUCAUCGCCGAGCGGGUCAAAGGUGCACUUCCUGUUCCCGACAGUCCGUCUCUUACUGGCCCUGGCUCUACUCUAGAUGUGGGGGAUAGCAUCUAUGACCACCUAUGUCAGAUGGGGGGGGCAUUAGGGGGGCUCCUGAGUGCCCCUAUACCUAUUCUGCCCACCCAGGGAGAUGUGGGAGAAAGGGAGGAGGAUGUGGAGGAGGAAGAUGACCUGCUGGCCUCUCUCAGGGAUUACCUGUCACAAGGGGGGAUGGUAGGUAGUGAGCAGGCAGAGGAGCAGGAUUCAGGCAGGUUGAGAGCAGCGCAGGGGGAGAGUGCUGACUCUGCAGAUGAGGACAGCGUAGACCAGCAGGAGCAGCUGGAGCACCCGGAACAGCCAGAGCAGGACGUCUACAAGUGUUUAGAACACUGCAGCAAGGAAUCCCAGGGUGGUGGGACUCUGCUCCGGCAGGACGCCAGUGACUGGGAGUCCGAGCCACCCCCUCAAGCACAUGGUCCCACGGGCCCCAUGGCCCUGAAGGCACGGCUGAGCAGAAAACGUCCAGGCGGAGUGCAUGUUAGCUUUCGGCCAUCCACAGAGUCUGUGCAGUUCCACAACCCUCCGGAGCACAAGGAGGGACUCUGGAAGACUCGCCUCCGCAGGCUCAGCCACUUCAGCAGCACUGGGGGCCACACCACUGUGAGUGCAGGACUGAGCCCGCUGUCUGGGGACUUGCUGCCAGAGAGGGAAGUGGUGACACGCCGACGGCUGGGCCGUGGUUCCCUGAUGCCCAGGUCCAGGUCCCGGAGCCAGGAAUCUGGCUGCAGUCACUGGCAGCAGCAACAGGGGGCGCUGGGCGGGGUGUAUAAAUCUGUCGUACAUGCUCUCUCCAAGCCAAAGGCCCACGCAUCCCCACAGCGGCACAGCAGGGCAGCGGCCGAGGCACCCCUGAGGGAGCUCUACUCACAUGUAAUGGGCUAUUUUGGAAGGAAAUCACCAGCCAACAAGGAGGACCUGGGCCAAAGCUUGCGUGUGGCUUCCACAGAUGCGGACAGCAGCAACCCCAACAUCAGUGACCUCAUGGACGAAUUCAUCCAAGAGAGGCUGAGGACCCGAAACACUGCGGGAAUGACCCGGCGGGGCAGUAGCCCUGGAAGCCUUGAGAUCCCCAAGGACUUUCCAGACCUGUUGACCCGGCAGAGUGCUAUGCGGCCAGCAGAUGACCCAGGAGUACCCUCAGAGUGGACCUCGCCAGCAAGUGCCAGUGGUAGUGAUCUCAUCAGCUCUGACAGCCAAUCAGACUCCUUUAGUGCCUUCCAGGAGGAUGGCUGCAAGUUUGAAAACUUCAGCUUUGGGCCAGAGGGCUGCAGUGUGAGCUGUCUGGAGCAGGAUGGUCUCGGGGUCCCAAUGCAGACGGCUGAGGAGCAGGAGCUGGCCAGCCUAACUACCCUCCGCAUUGACUCAGAGACCAGCAGUUUAAGCCAGCUGGGUCUGUCAGCUGACACUGCAACCAUCACUGGGUCAGACAGUGCUUCGCCAGCGCAUUCCCCCCGCUGCUCCCCAUCGCAGACCCCAUCUCCUGCUACACUCAAUGCAGAGCCCAUUGAGCACAAGGAGUUGCAGCUGGACCAGAAACUGCACCACUCUGUGCUGCAAACCCCCGACGAUCUGGAGACCAGCGAAUUCCCUACAGAAGACUGCAGCGUCAUGGCAGGAGGAACCCUGACUGGCUGGCAUGCUGAUGUUGCCACGGUGAUGUGGAGGCGUAUGCUUGGCAUCCUGGGAGAUGUUAAUGCCAUCAAGGACCCAGAGAUCCAUGCUCAGGUGUUUGACUACCUGUGUGAGCUGUGGCAGAACCUGGCCAAGAUUAGAGACAACUUGGGCAUAUCCCUGGACAACCAGAGUUCCCCACCUCCACCAGCUCUAAUUCCACCCCUGCGCAUCUUGACACCCUGGCUUUUCAAGGCAACCAUGCUGACUGACAGGUUCAAGCAGGGGAAGCUGCAUGCCUACAAGCUCAUUUGCAAGAUCAUGAAGCGGCGGCAGGAUGUCUCUCCCAACUCAGACUUCCUCACACACUUCUACAACAUCAUGCACGGUGGUCUGCUACAUGUGGACCAGGACAUAGUGAACACCAUCAUAAAGCACUGCUCCCCACGUUUCUUCUCCAUUGGUCUACCAGGGGCCACUAUGCUCAUCCUGGACUUCAUCGUGGCGGCUAGCAGGGUGACGGCCUGCUCCUCCCUCAAUGCCCCACGAGUGGAGGCUCAGAUCCUGUUGGGUUCAUUAGUAUGUUUCCCCAACCUGUACGAAGAGCUGCCUGCUCUGCACCCCACAACUGCGGACAUGGUCAUGACCAAGUUCAGGGACGUCAAGGAACACAUCAUCAAACACAUACUGAGCUCUGCUAGAGAAGAGCCCUCAGCCCCAGCCAGGUGUGUGGCGCUGUGCAGUCUUGGACUCUGGCUGUGUGAGGAACUGAUGCACAACACCUGCCACCCACAGAUCAAGGAUGCCCUCAAUGUUCUCUGUGUCACCCUUAAGUUCCCCAACAAGACCGUAGCCCUUGUGGCCUCAGACAUUGUCCACCUGCUCAUCAACUAUGUGGAUGACCUUCAGAAGUUCCCACCUGACACACCCAAGAAAAUAAUUGAGGUCCUCAUUGCCACCAUCACACACUUGUUGCCAUCCACAGAAUCCUCACCCCAUGAGCUGGAUAAGCGGCUGGUGGUGUCCCUGCUGCUGUGCCUGCUGGACUGGGUUAUGGCACUGCCACCCAUAACCCUGCUGCAGCCCAUCCGUACACUUGGCCCAGAGAAAUCCGACAAGUCCGUUCUUAGCUGCAUCUAUAAGGUUCUUCACGGGUGUGUGUAUGGGGCCCAGAACUUCAGCAAUCCCAAGUACUUUCCUAUUCACCUGUCGGACCUGGCCACUGCUGACUAUGACCCGCUGCUCCCGUUGGACAGCUUGAAAGAGCCAGAACCACUGCAUUCUCCCGAUUCGGAACGCUCAUCUAAGCUGCAGCCUGUUACAGAGGUGAAGAGCCGCAUGCAGCAUGGCCUGAUCUCCAUAGCGGCGCGUACUGUCAUCACGCAUCUGGUCAAUCACCUAGGUCACUACCCUAUGAGUGGUGGGCCAGCCAUGCUGACCAGUCAGGUGUGUGAGAACCACGACAACCCCUACAGUGAGAGUCCUGACCUGUCAGCUGAGCUCUUUGACAGCCCUAACCUGCAGUUUUUUGUGCUCAACGGCACCACAUUACUAUCAAGCCUGCAGAUCCAUGCGGAAGACAAUGUCCCUGGUGGCGGCAUGGCAGCUGGCCUCACCAGUGCUGCUGCUUGUGUGCGCCUCAUCGUGCGUGACAUCUCCGGCAAGUACUCAUGGGACUCUGCAGUACUCUACGGGCCACCCCAAUGUAUUCAGUCCGGCCUUUCCCCUAGCCUUGUAGUCCCACCUCACCAUACUCAGAAUGGUCCACAGGGGACAGAGCAUGAACUGCAAGGGGAAGAACAGCAGGAAGAGGCAGAGUUGACCCUGGAGGAGGCGGAGCUGGAGGAAGAGGGCCAGGAGAAUGGUGAAGAUGAGGCUGCGCUAGAGUUUGCAGCACCCCUUGCAAAGCGUCGGUGCCGAGAGGUUGUGCCAUCCUGGGACUCAAUGCAGGAUGGGGAGGAUGCAUUAGAUGAGAUGCUGCAGUACCUAGGUGUAAGCAGUCCAGAAUGCCUACAGCGGGCUGGCACCCCACUCAACGUACCUGCCCCACCUCCCUCCUGCGUCUCCGAAAAGAUGGAGAAUGAUGUCAUCAAUGCCAUCCUUAAACAGUUCACAGAGGAGAAGGACUUCAGCGAACGCCGAGACCACAAUCUCCACAUGUGUGCUAUGCAGCAAGAGCAGCCAAUCCCUCAGAAGCCCCAGUCAGCUUUCUACUACUGCCGACUGCUGCUCAACCUGCUUGGUAUGAACUCCUGGGAGAAAAGGAGCAGCUUCCACCUCCUGAAGAAGAAUGAGAAGUUGUUGAGGGAGUUAAAGAAUUUGGAUUCCAGACAGUGCCGAGAGACGCACAAGAUCGCUGUGUUCUAUGUGGCUGAGGGCCAGGAGGACAAGCACUCGAUCCUGUCCAAUACAAGUGGCAGCCUGGCUUAUGAAGAUUUUGUAUCUGGACUGGGCUGGGAGGUGGACCUCACCACCCACUGUGGUUUCAUGGGUGGCCUGCAGCGGAACCGCAGCACUGGGCUUACCAUGCCCUACUUUGCAACCUCUACCGUGGAAGUCAUGUUUCACGUGUCUACACGCAUGCCGCCUGACUCUGAUGACUCACUUACAAAAAAGCUGAGACACCUUGGAAACGACGAGGUCCACAUUGUGUGGUCGGAGCACUCGCGUGACUAUCGGCGGGGCAUUAUCCCCACUGAAUUUGGAGAUGUUCUCAUCAUCAUCUACCCCAUGAAGAACCACAUGUACAGCAUCCAAAUUCUCAAGAAACCAGAGGUCCCGUUCUUUGGCCCCCUGUUUGAUGGUGCCAUUGUGGAUGAGAAGAUCCUGCCAACCGUUGUACGAGCUACCGCUAUUAACGCUAGUCGUGCACUGAAGUCUCUCAUCCCGCUGUACCAGAACUUCUAUGAGGAACGAGCUCGCUACCUGGAAACCAUCGUCCAGCACCAUCUGGAGCCCACCACCUUUGAAGACUAUGCUGCGCAGGUCUUCUGUCCCGCCCCUUUCCACCAACUUCCUUCGGAAGCAGAGAGAAAUGCUGUGAUAUUUCUGCUCCUACCCAAACCUCCACUAGAAAGCAUUGGGCUCAUCAAGGUAAAGGGCAAGGGCGUGAAACGGAAGGGCUUUCACGCUAGCUGUGAAUGGCUCAUGCCCCGAGAGUCAGCAGGGCGAAAGUCCAGCAGCGCAGGUAGACGGGAGCGACUUAGCCUCACCAAUGUCACCUCGUGCUAGCAAGAGUCGCAUGUCCAUGAAACUCCGCCGCUCCUCAGGCUCUGCCAACAAAACCUGACCGUGGCCUCUCCGGGACACUCCGCCAACGGCAAGGACUCCGCCCACCUUUAGAAUGAUACCACCCAUCCAUGGAAUGGUCACUUAUCCGAUGACGAUGAACCCUGCGCCCAAACACUCUGAAUGGACACACCUGUAAAGUACCUGCUACUCUCACUGCAAACAUAACUUCAGUCCACAUAGCUGAAAAGAAUAUAUAUUUAGGAUAUAUA